UUCCUCUCUCAGACUCUUGUGUGCCUUGUGAGGGGUGUGUGUCUUUUAUUAUAUCUGGGAUCCAUGGCUGCUUCUGUGGAACCUCUUGUAGUUGGGCGAGUGAUAGGAGAUGUUAUCGACAUGUUUGUUCCCUCUGUGAGCAUGGCAGUCUACUAUGGCCCCAAGCAUAUAGCUAACGGCUGUGAAAUCAAGCCUUCCAUGACCAUCAAUCCUCCCAGAAUCCUUAUAUCUGGACCGUGUCAUGAACUAUUUACUCUGGUGAUGACAGACCCAGAUGCACCAAGCCCCAGCGACCCCACCAUGCGUGAACUGGUCCAUUGGAUAGUGGUUAAUAUUCCUGGUGGGACAAACCCAACUCAUGGUUUCCUGGCUCAGUUGCAUGACAGUUGGUACAUAUCUUCAUGCACCAAGUUGGAAGACACUUGUCAUGACAAAUAUGACGACACAUGUGGCACAUCCUUAUGCUUCCAUGUGGAUCAAUUCUAUGCCACCAGAGGUAUACACCGCUUCAUCUUUGUACUUUACAAGCAGAAGAGUGAGGUGAAUGAAGUGGAGCAGCCAGAGCCGCGCAGCAACUUCAGUACCAGGGCUUUCGCCAAUAAUCUCGAUCUCGGCGUUCCGGUGGCCACCGUUUACUUCAAUGCCCAGAAGGAGCCGGCAAGCAGGAGACGCUGAAUAAUAUAUAAUACUCGGAGUGUGCAAUGUGGGUUGUUCGCACAUCAGUUUCAAAAGAGAUUUAAUGUGGAUAAAUAUGAUCUUGGGUUCCCUCACCUUGUAAGUCUGAUAUAAGAUUAAUUUCUCCCAAGAUCGGUAUAAGCCUGCUAGUUACCUAUUGUUGCAGGUCGGGGCUUGGGGAGAUUUUCCUAUAGAGAUAUGUAGUCGUAGUUGUUUGGAUUUUUCUGCUCCUUUUGGGUGGGGUCUCAGAGUGCUUUGUAGCUUGUGAUGCUGCAUUAAUAUUAUAUUUUAAGUAGAAUCGUUUACUUCCA